AUGAAGAUGGCGGCCAAUGGCCGGUUUUUCACAAUCGGGCUCGUCGCGUCGUGGUAUUCGUCGAAUAUCGGAGUUCUAUUGCUCAACAAAUACUUGCUAAGCAACUAUGGCUUCAAGUAUCCGAUCUUCCUCACGAUGUGCCACAUGACGGCUUGUUCUCUUCUCAGCUACGUCGCUAUUGCUUGGAUGAAGAUGGUCCCGAUGCAAACCAUCCGAUCCCGAGUUCAAUUUUUUAAGAUCGCAGCGCUUAGCCUCGUUUUCUGUGUGUCGGUGGUCUUCGGGAACAUCUCCCUCCGGUUUCUUCCUGUCUCGUUUAACCAAGCUAUUGGCGCCACGACGCCGUUCUUCACCGCCGUCUUCGCUUAUCUGAUCACCCUGAAGCGGGAAGCUUGGUUGACUUACAUCACUCUUAUCCCCGUCGUUACCGGUGUUGUCAUUGCCAGUGGGGGUGAACCAAGUUUUCACUUGUUCGGAUUCAUUAUGUGCAUUGCAGCCACAGCUGCAAGAGCACUUAAAUCAGUUCUUCAAGGAAUUUUGCUAUCUUCAGAAGGGGAGAAGCUAAACUCCAUGAACCUCCUCCUUUACAUGGCUCCCAUUGCUGUUGUGUUCCUUCUUCCUGCUACACUUAUCAUGGAGAAAAAUGUUGUUGGAAUUACAAUUGCACUCGCCAGAGACGAUUUUAGAAUCGUCUGGUAUUUGCUAUUCAAUUCAGCGCUCGCUUAUUUCGUGAACUUGACCAAUUUCUUAGUCACGAAACACACCAGUGCUCUGACUCUGCAGGUGCUAGGAAACGCCAAAGGUGCAGUAGCAGUGGUGGUUUCGAUCUUAAUAUUCAAGAAUCCUGUCUCAGUGACUGGAAUGUUAGGUUAUUCGCUCACAGUCUGCGGAGUUAUCCUCUACAGCGAAGCCAAGAAACGAAGCAAAUGAUAAACAAAACCUUUAUUUUAUUUGUUAGGUACCUCAGGCAAACACAAUGCAAGUUUCGUUUGAUGUGAACAAAAUACCUUACACAGCAUCUUUGGACCAAAAGCAAAGUAUGUGUAAAGCAACCCCCCCAAAGGAUCAGAGUACCAGAAGCUAUCAUUUAGAGGACUUCACAAAUAAGUGGUUUUUUGUUUUCCUUCUUUGCUCUUUUUUUUUUUUUUUUUUUUGUUAUCUGAUAUUCUACAGCUUCUGUCGUAGGUUGUUCUAAGAGUAACUUCGAUUUUGCUUUUUUUUGUCGAUUCUUUAAACUACUUUUGUGAUAUCAACAUUUACAACGCUGAUUAAUUAAUAGAAAAGGACAAGGCCUUUUCUUUCA